AACUUUUGCAGGAAGUGGUAAACAUUACGCGCUUCCAUAUUGCAGUCACUACAAUCAAUAUGCAAUCGUUCGAUGAUUCCACUGGCGCUGGUGAUGUUUGGCUGCUCCAAAAGCGCAAGAGAGUGCAGAACAAAACUCAAUGUCUCUGGUAUAUUUGCCUUUUAUGGGGGUAUACGGGGCGCAAAAAAGUAUGAAGAGCUUUGUGCUCCAUUUUGUCGUGCCCGUAUCCAUGGCAACGCAAAUCAAUCAGCCCCAGACUGGGCAGGCAAACAUGCAAGUUCGAUUUGUUAGUGCUAUUUGUUUAAUUUAAUUUCCAGUACAAGCAGUAAGGCGAGAGAUAUAUUGCAAAAAAAAAAAAAAAAAAAACAAAUAAUACAGCAUACAACACUCUCUCGUCUCCUGAUCGCUCAAACCGUAAAGUUGGAGUAAAAUAUUUAAAAAUAAAACACUUUCAGUUGUGUUGUAAUCCCCGCGCACGGUUCAUAAUUGCAACAUCGCCACGGAAAAACAAAGCAACCGGGGGGAGAAGGUGGGGAGUGGGUGCGCUUACUUGCCUGUAACGGAUGGUUGCAGCACAAUAAAGCUCAGCUGUGGUCGCAUUCGAAUCGGGAACUCUAUUUCCGUCAUCAUUGCUGAACGAAUUGGUGGUUCUCGUCGCGACACAAUGCCUGAUAAUACAGGACGUGACGCUCGCAUGAAAAAGGAGGAACUCUCCACCGAAGAUGACAAGAAGAAAUUGCUCCUCGACAUGGUGACAAAGCUGAUGGAAGACGCGAGCCUGAACAGUGAGAACGCGCAGGACAUUGGCUUCGUCAUGCCGGCGACGGACGACGAGCCGGAAAAGUUUGUCCGCCUGUCCGACCUGGAGCGGUCGCUGGAAGACAUGGCGCUCGUGCACGAGAUAGCGAUCAACGAGAAGUUCCAGCUGAAGCCGACCUCCCCGGGCUCGGUGGGCUACGUCGUGCAGAAGACGGUGAAGGAUGCGUACUGGAAUCUGAUGCGCGAGCUGCUGGCCCAGCAGCCGCCCUGCUACACGAUGGUGAUACAGCUGCUGCUGGACAUCAAGGAGACGUUCAAGUCGCUGCUCCGCGGCAACAAUGACCGGGCGCUGGACGCGAUCCUGGUCGUGCUGGACGAGCACAACAUCCGCCAGCUGGCGGACGAGCACGGCGCCGCGGUGCUGGAGCACAACGCACAGUUCAUCAUCAAGAUCAUGGGCAUGGCGUGCUGUCCGGCGCGGGACGCCGAGAUCGCGGCGCUCAAGCGCGAGCCGGACCCGAUCGCGCAGCUGCGCGGCAUCAUGGAGGUGCUGGACAAGAUGAAGCUCGACAUGGCCAACUUUGUGCUCGCGUCGACGCGCGCCCAGUUCGUGCGCUACUCGGUCGACUACGAGCGCAAGAAGUUCGCCGAGCUGCAGACCCUCUGCGGCAACCAGUUCCCCGCCACCAUGGCGUGGCUGCAGCGCAACAAUCCCGCCGGCCGGGAGCGGCCGUCCGAGGAGGGCGCUGCCGGCGGCAACAAUGGCGUGUCCGCAACGACCGUGCGCACCGUGCGGCUGACGGACGUGGUCAUGCCGGACUACUACAUCGAUGCGUACCAGGAGCUGAUCCAGCCGGGCGCGGACCACCCGUUCCCGGAGCUGCUCAAGCUGGAUUUGGAGCGCGUGGUGCAGCUGAAGGAGCAGGCGAUGCGGCUGAGCGUGUGCGCCACCGUGAUGCAGCUGACCUGCGCCACCGUGCCGACGCUGGCCAACCAUCCGAGGCGGUUCGAUCUGGCGGCCAAGCUGGCCAUCCUCAGCGCCGACUAUCCGGGCAAGGUGGAGCUGCAGGAGCUGCUGGAAAGCCUCUGCGUGCAGGUGCUCGACUGCGUGUCGGCGCACGCCGACGAGCCGAGCGGAUCGGCCGUGCCGGAUGCGGCGAAGCAGGCACUGAAGACUCAGAUACUGCGCAUCGACCGCACCAUGACCGUGUACAGCGUCGUCUGGCGCAAGAUGAUGCAGUACAUGCGCGAGCUGCUGCUGACCGAGCGGGAGGAGCACGUGCCCUUUCCCGUCUGCUUCCGGGACUACCGCGACGAGACGGUCCAGCUGGCCGGCCAGUUCAAGCGGAUUGUCUCGCACAACUUUGAGGUGUAUGGCAAUUUCUAUUUACAAUCCAUGCAGGAGCUGGUCUAGGCACAUCCCGCCUAGGUUAGUUACUUUACUAUAAUUUGUGCGAUCCCCCUUUUUUGUACUAAUGAUUAAUAGGAUCUACCUUAAUACUACAUCUCCAGUUUAUCUGUCAUCGAUGUCAAUAAACGUAUCUAUUGGCAGUGAAUUUAGUCAUACUGCUGUUUCGUUAACACCAUUUCCCCUUGUAAGUAUUAUUUUUUUCUGUUUCAUUUGAAAUGAGCUUUCGUUAGUUGUGAUACGAUGUAUUUAAUGCGGAUGCAUCUACUGUAACCAUACAUACAUAUAUAUAAUGUAAAUAAAAAAAAACCUUUUGUGAAUUGUAA